AUGCAGGAGAUGCUGGAGGCAGCUCCGUCCUCCCAGGUCGGCCACAUGGCGUUCGUGCAGGUGUCCAAGAAGAUCAGUCGUGAGAGUGGGACGUCUGGCUAUGGCGGGAUGAUGAAAAGCGUCAUGGGCCGGGCGCGCACCACAAGAGAUGAAUCCGCCGAUCAGCAGUUCAACGCGGGCGAGUUGUUUGUCAGGAUGAAAAUGGUGAUGGCAGCUCCCUCCAAAUACGACGUCAUGUUUUCUUAUGCUCUUGACCCCCCGAAGUUGUCGUUUAAUCCUGUUAUUCAAGCGAGCUCGCUCCCAGAAUUAGACAUUCAGGAGUUGUUCGACGAUGCAAUGGACAUCAAGUUUUCGGUCCUCGACGAUUUCGUAUUCUGCUUCUUUAGUUACGUAUGGUAUCUGCUCAGCUGGCAAAACAAAUUCGUCUCCGGUCUAAUUACGCUGUGUCUCUUGCUGUCUUGUUGGAGCAAGGCCCUAAUCCACGGCUGUGUCUUCGGCAUCAUGGCAGCGCUCCUGCUGAUGAAUUGUCGAGAGGGUCAGAGGCAACAGAUGACGACCUCGGGAUUGAACGCACCACUAACCCAGAAGGGCUUUUUGAUUGUGGCACGGUGGAACAGCAUCUUGCAGAUGCAGGCGUUCAUUUACAGGGUGAUGAUGCACCAGGGCUGCCAGGUGCUGUCGGAGCGGGGCCUCCACGACUUCGUGGCCAGAGGCUUCAGGGACCUGCUCGACCCGUCUAGGGGUUUCGAGGAGGACGUCACCUCGCUGACGCUGCCGGACAUUGUGCGCGUGCUGAAGAAGAUGGAUUGGGUCGCGGUGAACAAGAAAGACGUGGACGAGGCCGUGCUCAAGGAGAGGAGCAUGGUGAGGAUCCAGGAGAGGCGGCGCGCCACGGUGUCCAGAGUCCUGCCGCCGGAGAUCGGAGAGGAUAGGACUCGUUUCGUCGUGCAGUACGACGAGCUCGACGGAACUGAGGAGAACGAGACUGAGGUUUUGUACGCAGAUCAGUUGAACGUCCGCACCGUGAUGCCGAAAAUUCCAAAGUACAUGAUCUCGGGCAAAAUCCAGGAGAACAUCCGGAAGUUGGCGUGGCAGAUAGAUUAUGGAAUGCACUUGGCGAUUAUCCCUGCGCUCCACACCAUCAGCGACGUGAUGACUUGGAAGAUCUCUUUAGCCACCUUCUCAAUGUUCGCGUUCUGUGUCUUCCAGAUGGUCAUACAUGUGGUCAGCUGCUUCUUGCCAGAGGGCAGUUUCUCCAACUUGAUCUGGCUGAGUCAGAACAUGGGCACCUUCGUAUUGGCUGCCGUCCUCAUCGUUUUGUUCAUCGUCUUCGCCCACCCACUGGGGUGGAUCGUGCCGAUGUUCAGGAUGGUGAAAGAGUGGAUGACACGCAAGCGGACGGCCCCCGACAUCUGGCCGUUCUUCACCAGGUCGGAGGGCAGCGGCGAGGCAAGCCUUGUACUCGACGUUAGGGCCACGGGAUCGGCAACGCCGAUAUCGAAGAAGGGGUGCCACCUCCAUCGGGGAGGUCCACGAUGUCAUCCGAGCUGGACGGGGCCGGCUCCACGUCGCCGAGGCGCGUCUGGUCCAUGA